AAUAAUUUGGGAAAAAUGUUAAUAUUUAACACCUGUCUUCCUACCUCAAAGUUCAAGGUUACUCUUAGAGGUCAAAUUUAUACAUAUUAAACCAUGCAACAGCUUGUUUUCCUGCUAAGCAGAAAGUUGAGCUAUUAGUGGAACCUGCGGGUAUCUGUCCCCUUGUUAGCUCGACUGUUAAAGUGUUGUGAGCUUGGCUUUCGAUUGAAUAGUUCUAACUGUUAAACUACUCACUCAUUUGUCGAUAUGUGUGUGUGUGUGUGUGUGUGUGUGCAAUGCUCUGUUUUUAGUUUGCGUGAAACAUUUCAAUAUCACUGUUUUAACUACACCUGUCUAAUUGAAACAUCACACUUGUUCAGGGCCAUUUUGUAAGAUCCAUUACUCUGACCUGCAAUUUAGGCAAACUUCUCGCUCAGUGUACCCAAGAUAUUGAAAUAAAAUGUACUGUUAUUUAUGUGUCCAAGGUCUUCAUAAGCUUCACGGACCAAGAAAUAUGACCGUGUGUAGCCUUUAAGCAGUGUUUUGCCCUCUUUUGUUUUUAAAAAGUCGGAUCAUGGUUAAGAUGAAAUUCAAAUUACGGUUUACCUGCAACAAGUACAUAUCACUUUAACUGCUACGUAUAUAUUUUUCAAAUUGAAAUCUUUAUGAUAAUCUUGUUAGGUCACUUACAAAACCAAAUAACUCUGAGUUGCAAUUAAAAAGACCUUUGAAAUUGAGAUAAACAUUUUCGGUCAACAAAUAUUACUUUGACCAGCUUUUUAGCAUAAUACAACCCACUUUUUUCCUUUGAAUUCAAGUUAAGGUUCUUGUGCAAGAUAAAAUUGAGCUUAAAGUUUGAAUCCACAAAGUAACAAUCUUUUAUACUACCAAAGAUAUUAUAUAUAUGUCAUCAUAUAUUAUAUCUUUGGUAGUUUAAGACAGUUAUGACAGUUAUAUUAUAAAAGACUCCUAUCAAAAUAUUUGCUGGGGCAAGUCGUUAUUAAAUAAGGGCUGAGUCGCUAUGAGCAAAUGGGAGAGUAUCGAAAUUGAUAUAUUUUGUUCUAUAUGUAUAUAAGUUUGUGUCAAUUUGUGAUCGCAUAUAAGAAAAUAAAAGAAAAAGGGGGUGAACCAUAAAGAGGGCAAUUUAUCUUUAGUGUCUUUACAGCACCAUUAUGUCUUAAACAUUAAGCCCGUAUUGUCUCAAAGGUUAAAUUACACAAUGUACAUGGUAGGGUAAAAUUAGGGAAGGUAACUCUGUUUGGUAAGCUAUGGAAAUAAAAUGGAGAAGGAAAUAUGGAAAUAUACUUUAGUUGUUUUAAUAUUACCUUUUAUGCUGCUGGAUUUAUUUCAAACCUCCGAAGCGGCUCCCUGUGAUGAGUUGGGCAGGUUUGGGUGGAAGUGCCGCUUCUCUUGUAACUGUGCGGAUGGGGCAGACUGUGAGAGGCAAACUGGUUACUGUCAGAACGGAUGUAAACCAGGCUUCUAUGGAUGGGGAUGUCAGUUCGCUGAUGACAGAAUAUACGGCGAAAGGAGGGGUACGGUCUAUACUGGGAGUUACAUGAAAGCUGGGAACCAAACCUGUAUAAACUGGAACAACCCACGAAUCCAGGUCCACCUUGACAAGUAUCGGUUCUUGGACAAGACCAUACCUGGGGCUGUGUGCAGGAACCCUCUGGUCGUGGAUAAGCAGGCAUAUAACACAUACCCUUGGUGCUAUAUUGAGGCCAACGGUGCGAUAGCAUUUGAUCAAUGCAGCGAUCUCAUUGUUACUGUGUGCCCAGACUAUCUCCAUGGUGACAAGUGCGACAAGGAGUGCCAUUGUUCCAACACGACAGAGGUGUGCGACAAGAGCACCGGGUUCUGUAGAUUCUCCAAGUGCCAUGCUGGAUGGUUUGGAAUCGGAUGUGACAUACCAUGUCCCUCCAUGAAAUUUGGCAUAGACUGUGCAUAUGACUGUGGUAACUGCCUCCACAACGUGUGUGACCAUGAGACUGGGUUGUGUACCAGCGGCUGUAAGCCAGGUUUCUCAGGCACCUACUGUAGAACAGCCUGCACUGAUGGUACCUUUGGCAGCAACUGUGAGCAGACAUGUGGUUACUGCAGUGUGGGUGUGUGCUCCCCAAUCAAUGGCCAGUGUCAGGGGGGUUGCAAGCCUGGAUACAAGGGCUCCUUCUGCAAAGAGCUGUGCCCUGCGGGUAGCUAUGGUAACCAGUGUGAAAGGCAGUGCCCCUACUGCCACAACAAGGGCCCCUGUCUCCCUGAGACCGGUGUGUGUGAAAGGGGCUGCAUGCCAGGGUUCAUGGGGCCAAAGUGCGAUGCUGAGUGUUUGGAUGGCGCAUUUGGACCCAACUGUACCGGCGUGUGUGGCCACUGCAUGUUGGGGAAGCCGUGUGACAUCUACAGGGGCCACUGUAUUGGGGGAUGUGCUGACGGUUAUACGGGCGAUCAGUGCCUAGCUGUUGCAGUGAUUGUGAAGGAAGGAGGUGUGAUGGUGGAGGUGUUGGUGGGAGUCAUAGCUGGAAUAAUCCUUGUGGUAUUGAUCAUUGCCUUCGUCUGCUACAGACGACGUAGAUUUAGCAGGACACUAGAGGUGUCGUCCAAGUCAGCAGAUCGUAAGUUCUUCACAAAGGAGGCUACCCUGGAAAGUGUGAGAGAGACCGAGAAAGAAACGGACCUUCUGCUGGAGUCCAACUCCCUAAACACUCACUCCAAGCCAACAUGUAAGUGCGUUGAGGAAGAUGAAGGGGUUGUUGCAGAGGACAGCAUGGAUGUAACCCACUACAACCAUGAACCGAUUUAUGUGAACCUCAACAACCACAGUCUGACCAACCCCAUCCCUGUGGAGAAACUGCAGGCCUUCAUAAAAAAGGCACGCGAAACAGACUUUGACGUGAUUAAAGGCGAGCACCGGGACUUGCCAACUGGACUUUUGGCUCUGUGUCACACAGCUUUAAAACCAGAAAACAAACCAAAAAAUAGAUAUGCGGAUAUAAUUGCAUAUGACCACUCGCGGGUAGUUCUCACCCCUCUCUCCCACGAUCCACAUUCCGACUAUGUGAAUGCAAACUACUUGGAUGGGUACAACAGCAAAAAGGCUUAUAUAGCUUCACAAGGCCCCAACAAAGCUAUGGUCGCUGACUUCUGGCGUAUGAUAUGGCAGGAGAAAGUUGUGAAAAUAGUUAUGUUGACAAACCUUCUAGAAAACCACAAGAAAAAGUGUGAGCAGUACUGGCCAUUGGAAGGCAGCCAGACGUACGGGGAGGUGACAGUGGAGGGGCUGGAGACUGCAGAGUACACAGACUACAUCAUCCGUACCUUCACCAUCUCUGUGGGGAAGAUGAGUCGGAUCAUCAAGCAGUUCCACUUCCUGUCUUGGACGGACCAUGGGGCUCCGACGUAUCCCACCACCCUGCUCAACUUUCGCCGCAAGGUGCAGCAGUUCACCCCGGACAGUGUCUCCCCCAUCUUGAUACAUUGCAGUGCAGGUAUAGGGCGCAGUGGCACGUACGUCGCUGUUGAUUACCUGCUGAACCAGGCGCGCGCUGAGGGCGUGGUUGACCUACUCAAGUGUGCCCAGCUCAUGAGGUCAAACAGGGUCAACAUGAUACAAACAUGGCAACAGUACAGUUUUGUGUAUGACGCGGUGCUGGACGCGCUCAUGUCAGGGGAGACAACUAUUCCAAACUCGCUGUUCCCUGAGAGAUACGAGGACCUGUGUACGCUGAAACCAGAGGCCAGCAGCACUCUCCUGGAGGAACAGUUUGAAACCUUACAGAGUCUGACGCCAGUUCUGGACCGAGAUGAGUGUGGUGCUGCCAUUGAAACCAUUAACCUGCAGAAAUCAAGAGUCAGCUACAUCCUGCCUGCAAAUCGUUUUAGGCCUCACCUGUUUACCCCAGUCGAUAAUUGCAACGAUUUCAUCAACGCAGUGUUCCUCCCAAGUUACACCCAGAAUGAUCACUAUAUUGUGACCCAGAUGCCCCUACCAAACACAGUGGCAGACUUCUGGCGACUGCUCUACGACUAUCAUUCUGAUACAGUGGUGAUGCUCAACGAAUUUGAUAGAAACGACAAGUCCUGUGCCCUGUACUGGCCUGAAGAGUACGGGUACACAGUGGAGUACGGUCCCCUGAGUAUUGAGCUGUUGUUCUCGUCAGAAGCAGACCCUAACAUCACUGUGAGGACAUUCAAGUUGACACACAGGACAAAGGGAGAGGACCGUGCGGUGAAGCAGUUCCAGUUUAACGCGUGGCCGGACUACAAGAGUGUCCCAGUGGGGACGUCAGGUCUGCUGCGGCUCACUGACGCCGUGCAGGAGUGGAUGAGACAGAACGGCAAGGGACCUGUCACCGUACACUGCAUGAAUGGAGCCAGCAAGAGCGGGCUGUUCUGUGCAUGCAGCCUGAUGUUUGAGAGGAUGAGGAUGGAUAUGGAGGUGGACAUCUACCAGACUGUGAAACAGAUCCGCAUCAACCGGCCCCACUUUGUGGAAAACAUGGAGCAGUACCAGUUCCUCUACCAGAUGGCUCUGGCCUCACUUGAGAGGCAACCCUUGGGCAUGGACAGACAGAUGGACAGACAAACCAACGACAGCAUUGACAGCGGUAUACAAGACAGGCUGUUGUGAUGGCAACUUCUCUAGCCAAUUAGACUAUGCCCUCUGUAGCCGCUGAUACUAUGGCUGUUAAUGUGUAGACUUUUGCUGACUACAAAUUUUUUACAAGAACAGAAAAAAACAAACACAUUUGACAGUUAAAUACAGAUGAGACUCUUGCGAUGGAAGCGUCUGUAUGAUACAUUUUAUUAGAGUUUUGUUAAGACUUUAAAGUGGGUAUGCACGAUUUUGUCAAAUAUUUAUGAAUUUAUAUAAAACAUGUAAAAAAUUUAUUUUACAUACAUUUCAAUAUAAAUAAAAACUAAAGUUAAUAAGAACAUGUGUCGAAAAAUGUGAAAUAAGCCAGAUAUUUAAUUCCGAAAUCGAAAAUGUCUGUACAGUCAAAUUUGCCAGCAUGUAUUACAUGCAUAUACAAUCUGAAUCUAAAUUUAGUUUUACAGAUCAUUUUAAUUUCCUGCAACGAUAUCUAUUCAAUAACUUUGAUCCUAAUAAAAAGACGAAUGCUUUGGUUAUUGUAGGAAAAUAUGUACAAAAUAUCUUCAUCACAAUCGGCUGGUGGCGCUAAUUUGUCUUUGCUGCAUUUUAUGAAAAUAGUCUUCAAUGUAUAAUUUUUCUUGCCUAUUUUGUGUUAGUAUAACAUAUUUUUAUCAAUAUAUUCCAAUUUAACACAUAUAAAAAUUGUGCAUACCCACUUUAAAUGACUAUCAGUAUAUGUAUAUUUCAUUAUGAGUAAAUGAAUAUUUUCUAUACAAAUGGUCAUUUUGGCUGUACUGAUGUUACUAGGCGUACUUUCUGGAUACCACCUUGCUUUAAAAUACAUGUAUUGUCAUAACUUAGGGUUAAGGACAGUAUUGUUGUUCUCUACAUUCUAUGUGCUAAGUUUUUUUAUAAUAAUAUUCAAAAAGAUUAGUGUAGGAAUGUUUCAUGUUAAACAUGAUGUACUAGUUGUAUGAAUGUAAUUAAAGAUGAGAAACAUCAUAAAAUGUUGCUUCGUUGUUUCACUAUUUACAUAGAUUUGUUAUAUAAAAUAAAAUUUAAUGAUUUGCUGGUUGGAAAUGUAUAUUACCAAUUAUUUGGUAUCUAAUGUGGAGGUAAACAUAUACAUUACAUAGGUUUGUAAGUUGCCAAAGGCAGUAUCUACUAUGGUUGUUUAUAGUCAUAUUUAUAUAUUGGUGAAAUACAGAUAAUUAAAACUAAUGUUUUAACUGGAAAAAUAUAUUAUCAUUAUAAUAAUAAAUUAUUUUUGUUUCAUUCAUGUCUUCUUUUAGAUCUAUGUUUCAUAUACUACAAACAUUUACUAAAGAAUAUUUUUAUGUUUUUCCAACAUUGGUUCAUUAAGUGCCAUACUCAGUCAUGUCAUUACAUAGUCUAGUUUUUUAUCAAAAAAUGCAGCAGUAUUCAAGAGAAAUUUAAAAUGUAGUUAGAAGUAGAAAAUAUAGAUCAGCUGAAAAGGCAAAUAAGAGUCAAAUUUGUGUUGUAUAAGUUAUUUAUACAUGUAAAGUUGAAUCAAGUUUGGCUGGAGUACUAUUGCUAAUGGUUUUGGUAGUCAUGGUUAUUUUGAUUACUAUACAUGAAAAUGCAUUUUAAUCAAAAUUCCAUUUGUUUUUAAAUUAAUUGCUUAAUAUUUUAUUAGACUAAGUCUUGUUUCUCCAUGAUUUUUCCUUCUUGUGUCUCCAUGAGUUGACUUUAUGUAUUGAUUGUAAAUGAUCUGGCAAAGUAAAACCAUAAGUUGUAGAUAAUGUAUUGCUCUAAACAUAAUUUACUAAUUUACUUGUAAAUAGCAUUUUUAUUACGAAUUGUAUUUUGGCUGGUUAUUAAGAAGAAGAAAAAAAAACGAAGAAAAAAGUAUCAUUACAAAGAAAAUUGUAAAACACUUAGUUUGACGUAAUAUUUAAGUAAUUUUUCUUUAUUUUUCUAUUUUUUAUAAAUCACAUGUAAUAUAAUUUCAUUGCAUCAUGAUUUGAUCUAAUCCAGUCAUACAUAUUUAUGUUACAUCUUGGAGUGGAUGUGCUUUUACAAAUCUCAGUCUUGUGUUUGGUUUGCUUUUUUUGUGGAGACCGUGGUUGUGUUGUUUCGAGUUUUGUGAUAUAUUGUGACUUGUGAUGUGUGGGGACCAUGUUGUUGUAAACAAAGUUUAUUUUUGUGCUUGUAAUGUAUAUAGAGUGUUGUAAAUCAAAUAGGAUUUGUUAUUCACAUUUCUUGUUUUUGUAUCAUUCCUAGAAAAAACAUUGUUGAUGUGAAAAACUAUUUUUGUAAAGACAUUUUUUAUAAUGUUUUCGUUCAAAAAGUUUUUUUGUAUUUUACAUUCAGCCAAUUAUAAGGCGUAGUACUGCUAAUAGGUAUUAUUUACUAAAAAUGUUUUAAAAGCAUUUUAAGUAUGAAAGAAUCUUUGUCUAAGGUUAAAGGAAACAUUAAAUAAUUAAUUUAAAUACUUUUAAACACAGAAACUGUAAAUUGUUAAUUUGGUAAAAACUUAGUUUAUGUAAAGCUUUAUUGUAGAUAUAAAGGAUAAGUUUGAUCAAUUAAUUAUGUGAAAAAAUCUCAAUUCGUUUCGUGUUAUAUGUUCAACACAAUUUCCUGUAUUAGUUCAUUAAUACAAAUGUUCUGGGAAAUAAAUAAAGAUGUUAUGGCAUUCAUACCACUGUGAGUAAAAACCUUAACCGUUUAUGAAAUCAGUUUGUAAGAAAACAUUAAAAAUAUUUAUGAUUGUUUGCCUAUUAAAACCAGAAUAUUUUCAAAGAACAUUUAAAUUUCAUGGAAGUAUCAGACAUAUUGUGUUGGUUAAUUUAAAUAUUCAGGUAUGAAAAUAAUAAAUGAAUUGUCUUACUUAUAUGGUCACUUGAAGAUGUUUUAUGCUAUUUGGAGGAAUAAUUUAUACAUGUACUUGUAAACUUCAUAAAAAUGAAUUAUUUACCAUGUUGCCCAUCAAGUAUUUGUCUAUUCAGUACAAACAUUGUAAUGCCAAGGAUUUUCUUUAGAAACACAUGAACUAACAUUUAUUGUGACACACCAUAUUGCUCAUGCUGGAAAUAUCCUGUCUGUCUGAUUAAAUAAUUCACUUUAAUUAAUCUGCACUAUUCAGUAUUUGUUUCAUUUGGUUUCACUUAAACUGACAUUUGAAUGUGUAUUAAUUUUGAUUUAUUUAACUAGGUAAGUAAUGUCUUUCACUUCUUUACAACAGAUCACAUUAUGAAAUUAUCUUUAGUAUUUCUUAUGUAGCUUUUGUAGGCAUUUUAUUUUCAUGCAUUUAUUGUAUUUAAAGGAUUACAACCUAACAAUUGGUGGUUUCACAUAAGAUUUGAUAACUUUUCCUUUUCCACAGCUUUCUCUAUAAUGCCUUUGGCUGAAUUGUAAAUAUACAUAACCAGAAAAAUAAGAAAAUAGCGAAAUUAUGUAAAUUUGUUUUAUAGAUCUAUUAAAUAAAUGUUCUUAGGUAAGUAAAUACAACAAUAAACAUAUGAGUCGCGUUCUGACAAAACUGGAAAUAAUGCACGUGCGUAAAGUGUCAUCCCAGAUAAGCCUGUGCAGUCUGCACAGGCUAAUCAGGAACGCCACUUUCCGCUUAAACUAGAUUUUCAAUAAAAAGGGACUUCAUUUGAACGAAAAAGGUCAUAAAAGCGGAAAGUGUUGUCCCAGAUUAGCCUGUGCGGACUGCACAGGCUAAUCUGGGAAGACACUUUACGCACAUGUAUGAAGCCCAGUUUUCUCAGAACGCGACUCAUAUGUGUAUUGUUGCUCCUGUCUCUGUCAUUUCUUGUCUCUCCUCUGUCUGUCUAUUAAUUGUUUGCUCACUCAUUGUAAUAAUAUUGUUUUUACUGUACAUAUGAAUAUUAUCUAGUAACAUGUAUAUAUUUUUUUUUUUAUGGAAAGGAAGUCAUUUUUUUAUGUCCCCCACUAUAGUAGUGGGGGACAUAUUGUUUUUGCCCUGUCUGUUGGUCUGUCUGUUGCUCUGUUGGUCUGUCUGUUUGCGCCAACUUUAACAUUUUGCAAUAACUUUUGCUAUAUUGAAGAUAGCAACUUCAUAUUUGGCAUGCAUGUGUAUCUCAUGAAGCUGCACAUUUUGAGUGGUGAAAGGUCAAGGUCAAGGUCAUCCUUCAAGGUCAGAGGUCAAAUAUAUGUGGCCAAAAUCGCUCAUUUUAUGAAUACUUUUGCAAUAUUGAUGAUAGCAACUUGAUAUUUGGCAUGCAUGUGUAUCUCGUGGAGCUGCACAUUUUGAGUGGUGAAAGGUCAAGGUCAUCCUUCAAGGUCAGAGGUCAAAUAAAUGUGGCCAAAAUCGCUUAUUUUAUAAAUACUUUUGCAAUAUUGAAGAUAGCAACUUGAUAUUUGGCAUGCAUGUCAUGGAGCUGCACAUUUUGAGUGGUGAAAGGUCAAGGUCAAGGUCAUCCUUCAAGGUCAGAGAUCAAAUAUAUGUGGCCCAAAUCGCUUAUUUUAUGAAUACUUUUGCAAUAUUGAAGAUAGCAACUUGAUAUUUGGCAUGCAUGUGUAUCUCAUGGAGCUGCACAUUUUGAGUGGUGAAAGGUCAAGGUCAUCCUUCACAAUGUCAAGGUCAUCCUACAAGGUCAAACAUCAUAUAGGGGGACAUUGUGUUUCACAAACACAUCUUGUUUCAUGAUAAAAUGAUAAUUGGAUUAUUUUCCUGUAAACAGGGGUGACAACGACACUGUUAGUUGACAAUAUUUGCUUUUUGUUGAAUUUUAAGAGAUAUAACAUUCUCAGUUUUCUAUUUGAAGUCACAUCCAAAGUAAAUAAAAUUAUAUUUACUGUGAAAUGUCUAUUUUUUUGUUUUUAAUUUAGACAAAUUGCAAUAAUUAUUAUUAAACUAAUAAGUUCACCAACGAUUUAUUAUAGCAGGAACACUUGUAAUGUUAUAUUUUAGGUUAUUUCAUUUGGAAAAGUGUAAUGUGUUCAUAUACCAAAACAAAUAAAGAUAAGUAUUUUGAUAUCAAAAUAAGCUUUCAAGAUCUACUUAGGUGUGCUUGAUUGAUUGAUUUCUGUCAUUAAGUGUUAUCACACAGGAGUGUUCAAGUAUUGACUAGAUAAUGCCCUAAAGCUGUCAAAUGUUAAUUAAUUAACCCAUUUAUGCCUAGUGGACUCUCCCAUACCUUGAAAUUGGAUCAAUUUAUUUCAAAAUUAGGGAUGUCUAGUAUAUUUUUUCUAUAUUUAGAAUAUUUCUUACAGAUAGUUCUUUAAGCAAACAUCGAAGACCCUGAUGAGACGCCACAUUAUGCAUCUCAUCUGGGUCAACGCUGUUUGCCUUUUUUCUAAACGCUAGGCAUAAAUGGGUUAAUAAACAAAAUAUAGAGGCAAUAGAUGUUUGAAUGUAACUCUGUAAACAAUUAACGUAUCCUUAAUAAAAUUGAACAACAUAUUGUUAAUAAAAUGAACAACAAUUUCCAUUUAUCAUGUAAUUAAUUAUAUAUCAUUACAUGAGUGCAUUUUAUGCAUAGAUUCUUUAAUAUUUUUUUUAUAUUCCUCUUGGAAAGAAUGAAUUAUUUUUUUAUAAGCUGAUGCAUUAUUUAGUUGUUGUUUUUUUAUACCAAAUCUCAUCUUCAUUUUAAUUUCGUUUUGAACCUUAAUAAGACAUUUUCUGAUGUUGAUUUAUUUUUUAUAAGAAUAGCAAUUCAUUUUUUUCGCAUUCAACAAUUAUCAUUCCAGUUUGUCAUUCCAUAUUCUGGGUUGUUUUACAUUUGUGUUGUUAACAAAGGUUAUAUGCUUUUAUCAAACUAGCCUCCUGAACUUUUUGCUUUUAUGGCUUUUAUAUCGGAUUGACGAUGAGCUGUCACCUGGUUGUUGUUACUGAUAUUGCUUGAUGUUAACCUUGAUUUCAUUUGCAAUAAACUUUCACAGACA